AUGGUGUGUGCAAUAGUUCUCUGUGGAUUUCUGAUGCAAUACAGUUUAAUCGUCAAUAUUCUGAAGGAUCAAAUAAAAAAUCUCAACGAGUCCUUCAGUACGAUCACAAAAUUUCCGAUUGCAACGAGAAAUAUUUACAUUCUCCCGAGAAAUAUUCCAAAAAAUCGAUUGAUAAUCCAUAAUUUAAUGGUGAUCAGAGAGGCGCGACAUAAACUCUACAAAAUAGCAUGUGACAUUUCUGAUUUUUUUUCCUUCCCGGCUCUAUUAACAAUUUUCCACUGCUCCUGCAAUUGCAUGAAUAGAACCGCCGAUAUGAUAUACGAUAUUAGACAGGAGAACGCACUGAGUAAAGAAAUCGUAGCUGAGAUUUUCAGUAUGACUGCCACAUAUCUGAUGAUUCUUCUACAAUUUACACCACCCAGAGAUGCAACGGAAUAA